UAAAUUAAUUUUGCAAUUACUGCAAUCACACACAGCUUUAAUGAGACUAAACUACUUAAUCUGAAUAUUCUUUGCAAACAAACAAAUAUCGAUCAAAACGCGAUGAACGCGAAAAUAUGAACGCGGAUAUAGAUCGAACAUUAUACACCUAAACCCCGCUAGAUGUCAAUACAUUCGCAAAACAUUGGGGACAUAUACAAAAAUUGCUAUAAAGCAAAUUCACAAGUUCAAAUUAUUUCAAAAUAUUUUGUUUACAAUCUAUUUCCGUCACGUGACACCGGAAAUCCCCUUGAAUUAUCCAGUGUUUCCGUUUUAAAAGUAGAAUUACGAAUAAUAUUUGUACCUGGCAACACUAAUAUAUCGCCACGAAACAAAAGUUGUGGAAACUUUGUAAACAAUGUCUAAGUUGAAAGAAUAUUUAAACGAGCAAAAGAAAGGUAAUAACUCGGGUAGCGAAAGUGAAGGCUUGUUAUCAUGGAUGCCUACAUCGGUAUCUGUGCCGAUUCCGAAUAUAUUCGGUGAAAAAGAAUCAAAGGACGAUGAAAGCAAUUGGUUUAGCGCGGCAAAGAAAGACCCGAUGUGCCCAGCGUUGUCCAAGACCCAACGACUGCUUGGUUUUGGUGGUUGCUUGGUGGGCGGGGUGUUCUGUUUCUCGCUAGCAAGCGUCUACAUUCCUGUGUUGUUGUUUAAAGCACGAAAGUUUGCUCUGCUUUAUUCCCUUGGAAGUUUAUUCUUGAUUAACAGUUUUUCAUUCCUCUGGGGUCCAUGGAACCACAUGAAACACCUCAUGUCAAAGGAGAGACUCCCAUUCACAUUUUCGUAUUUUAUUUCAUUGUUUGCAACUUUAUAUUUUUCAAUGGGAAUGAAAAGUUCCAGUUUAACGAUAAUCGCGGCAAUUAUUCAAGUGGUUGCUUUGCUAUGGUACCUGGUCUCUUACAUACCUGGAGGUCAAACUGGUUUGAAAUUCAUUUCCCAACUUUUUACGAGCGCUGUUACAAAAACUGUUUCAAAAUCUAUGCCUGUAUGACAUCAUCAACUAUUGUGAUGUCAUCAAGAUAUUAUGACAUUAAAUUAUUGUGAUUUGUGAAGUGAAUAUGACAUCAUCCAGAUAUUAUGAUGUCAUCAUUGUAAAUAUUAAGCGUUGAAAUACAUUUUAUCCGAGAUCGUGUAAA